GAAAGAAGAUCGAGAACACCUACCACCACCAACCACAGUUGAAAGCUCUGAACAAUCCGUCACAUCCGUCCUCUUCCUUUUCAUAACUUAAUUGGUAUCUACGUUUUAAUACACAACAACCCAAGCAUUGCGCAUAAGACCGACCAACCAACCGCUUUGGGCCGGGAAGAGACGCAGAGAGAAUGGCGAGCUCUGGAGUAGCACUGGAGGAUAUACCUUCGGUUGACAUCAUGACCGAACUCCUUCACCGCUUCAAGUGCUCCUCCAAGCCUGACAAGCGCCUCAUUCUCGUCGGACCACCGGGAUGUGGGAAAGGCACACAGUCGCCUAUUAUUAAGGAUGAGUACUGCUUGUGCCAUUUGGCAACUGGUGAUAUGCUGAGAGCUGCAGUUGCUGCUAAAACUGCUCUUGGCAUCAAGGCUAAAGAAGCUAUGGACAAGGGAGAACUUGUGUCGGAUGAUUUGGUUGUUGGGAUAAUUGACGAAGCUAUGAAGAAGUCGUCAUGUCAAAAGGGUUUCAUCCUCGAUGGUUUUCCAAGGACCGUGGUUCAAGCACAAAAGCUUGAUGAGAUGCUUGAGAAGCAGGGGAUCAAAAUUGACAAGGUGCUUAACUUUGCAAUUAAUGAUUCCAUAUUGGAGGAGAGGAUCACUGGUCGGUGGAUACACCCAUCCAGUGGGCGAAGUUACCAUACAAAAUUUGCACCUCCCAAGGUUCCUGGUGUUGAUGAUGUCACAGGAGAAUCUUUAAUUCAACGGAAAGAUGAUAAUCCAGAAGUUCUCAAGUCAAGGCUGGCAGCGUUUCAUACACAAACCAAACCGGUUAUCGACUAUUAUGCCAAGAAGGGUGUUCUUGCACAGCUUCAUGCAGAGAAAACCCCAAAUGAGGUUACCGCUGAGGUUCAGAAGGUUCUCUUGUCAUAAUUAUUUUUUCUUAUGUUAUGUUAUUCACUUAUAUGCAAUCCGAGACAUUGUCAGAUUGGCUGAUUUUUCCCUUUCUACCAAAGUUCUAUGCCAGGCUUCUAGCUGUUUUCUCCUAGCUUGUUGCUUUUGACUUGGUUGCAUAAUAAGAAGUUCACAGUGAAAUUUGUGAAUUUUGUGACUAUUUUUUGAAAUGAUUACUCUUUCAAUUCCACUA